AUGGCGGUACAAGAGGAAGGCUCUUCAUCGAUGGCUGUCGGGCGGCGAGGGUCCCGGGCCGCCACAGGCCCCGCCCCGGCGGCGGCGGCGCAGGCGCAGGGCGGCGGGCGGCGUCGCCCCUGGCAACGGCGGCAACAACGCGCGGCGGCGGCGGCGGCAGUCGAGACGGCUCGCGCGCCGCGGCUACCCGGACCGUGCCCGCCGCGCCCGCGCCGCAGGUCGCCCGCCCCAGCGGAGCCCCAGCGCCGCGCCGCGCCGCGCCGCGCGCCCGUGGCGACCGCGCCGCCAGUGGCACAGGCCGCUGCCGCCGCCGCUGCCGCCCCGCGCCGGAUGGCGGCGCCGCGGAAGACGGCCGUCGCCCGGCCCGGCCGCCGCCGCCACCAAGUGCUCUUCUGCCCGCCUCCGUGCUGA